AUGGCGAGAACUUCACUUCAUGGGAAUUUACAUGUUACCAUCUAUGAAGUUAAUAAGCUCGAAGGUGGUGGAUUCUUCCGAAAGUUAAUGGCAAAUGUUGAGGAAUCGAUCGGUAUCGGCAAAGGAUCAGGGAAGCUUUACGCGACCAUUGAUCUCGAGAAGGCUAGAGUUGGAAGGACAAGAAAAGUGGAAAGCGACGACCCUUCGUGGAAUGAGUCUUUCCACAUUUACUGCGCACAUAUGGCUAACGACGUAAUCUUCACGGUCAAACAAGCCGGUUCUAUUGGAGCAAACGUAAUUGGCAGAGCAUAUUUGCCUGUUGAGGAUAUCUUAUCAGGGGAAGAAGUGGAUAGGUGGAUUGAACUCAAGGAUGAAGAGAAGCAAAACUUGGAAAAUGAGGCUAAAAUCCAUGUCAAGAUUCGUUAUUUCGAUGUUACCAAGGACCGGAACUGGAACCGUGGUAUCGUAAGUCGUAAGUUUCCUGGAGUUCCGUAUACUUAUUAUCCCCAGAGACAUGGGUGUAAGGUGUUCCUAUACCAGGAUUCACAUAUACCUGAUGGAUUUAUUCCGAAAAUUCCUCUUGCUGGAAGCAAGUAUUAUGAGGCACAUCGAUGUUGGGAGGACAUUUUCGAUGCGAUCACGAAUGCCAAACACUUGGUUUACAUUGCCGGUUGGUCUGUUUAUACUGAGAUCAAGUUGAUACGAGAUUCGAAGAGAUCUAAGCGAGGGGGAGACACCAAGCUUGGUGACUUGCUUAAGAAGAAAGCAAGUCAAGGUGUUCGGGUUAAUGUGCUUAUUUGGGAUGAUAGAACAUCUGUUGGUGCAUUGAAGAAAGAUGGAUUAAUGGCCACACAUGAUGAAGAAACUGAGAAAUUCUUCGAGGACAGUGAUGUCAACUGCGUGUUAUGCCCUCGUGAUCCCGAUGACGGUGGAUCUAUCGUCCAGGAGUUGCAAAUCUCCACCAUGUUCACUCAUCAUCAAAAGAUUGUUGUAGUGGAUGCCGCGAUGCCUAAUGGAGAUACGGAUAGGAAACGAAUCGUGAGCUUUAUCGGCGGUCUUGAUCUUUGCGAUGGAAGAUACGACACACCUUUUCAUUCCCUUUUCAGGACUUUGGACACAGCUCACGCUGAUGAUUUUCAUCAGCCAAACUUUGCUGAAGCUUCAAUCAACAAAGGUGGUCCAAGGGAGCCUUGGCAUGACAUCCAUUGUCGACUCGAAGGGCCAAUUGCUUGGGAUGUCUUGUUCAAUUUCGAACAAAGAUGGAAACGACAAGGAGGUAAAGACGUACUACUUGAUAUCAAAGACCUUGAAGGUACCAUCAUUCCCCCAUCUCCAGUUACAUACCCUAAUGACCAUGAGACUUGGAAUGUACAACUAUUUAGAUCAAUUGAUGGCGGUGCCGCUUUUGGUUUCCCUGACUCUCCCGAAGAUGCUGCCAGAGCUGGACUCGUUAGCGGAAAAGACCAAAUCAUCGAUCGAAGUAUUCAAGAUGCUUACAUUAACGCUAUCCGACGAGCCCAGAACUUUAUCUAUAUCGAAAAUCAGUAUUUCCUCGGAAGCUCCUUCGAUUGGAGUGCUGAUGAUGAUGACAUUAAGCCUGAAGACAUUAAUGCUUUGCAUUUGAUUCCAAAAGAGCUUUGUCUUAAAGUAGUUAGCAAGAUUCGAGCAGGAGAGAGGUUCACAGUGUAUGCUGUAAUCCCUAUGUGGCCUGAAGGUAUCCCAGAAAGUGGAUCAGUACAAGCCAUAUUAGAUUGGCAAAGGAGGACCAUGAACAUGAUGUACAAAGAAAUCGCUCAAGCUCUUAAAUCGGAAGGACGUGACGAGGAUCCUCGAAACUAUUUAACAUUCUUUUGUCUCGGCAACCGAGAGAUGAAGAAGGGCGGAGAAUAUGAACCUACAGAAACACCGGAGCCUGAUUCCAAUCACGCUAGAGCUCAAGAGGCCCGUCGUUUCAUGAUCUAUGUUCAUACCAAAAUGAUGUUGGUUGAUGAUGAAUACAUAAUAAUUGGAUCAGCCAACAUCAACCAACGAUCAAUGGACGGUGCGAGAGACUCCGAGAUAGCAAUGGGGGCGUACCAACCAUAUCAUUUAUCGAUUAGGCAACCAGCAAGGGGUCAAGUCCACGGUUUCCGUCUGGCGCUAUGGUACGAGCACCUCGGCAUGCUACAUAACAGCUUCUUGACCCCAGAAAGCAAGGAAUGCGUGAAGAAAGUGAACCAAUUGGCUGACAAAUAUUGGGACCUAUUCUCAAAGGACGACCUUGACCAGGACUUGCCUGGUCACCUACUAAGCUACCCCAUUGCCAUUUCUAAUGAUGGAAAUGUAUCUGAGCUGCCAAAUUUUGAGAACUUCCCUGACACUAAGGCUCGUAUUCUUGGUGCCAAAUCUGAUUAUCUCCCACCUAUACUCACCACCUAAUGAA